AUGGGAGAGAAGCGUAUAAUUCGUAUUGCAGGCAGACGUUCAAAGUUGGCUGUUAUUCAGUCUGAGCAAAUCAAGGCCUUGAUAGAAAGUAAGUUUCCGGAUGUCGAGUGCCCAGUGUUAGCAGUUCACACGUUGGGUGAUCAUGUUCAAUCUAAGCCACUCUAUUCGUUUGGUGGUAAGGCGGUGUGGACAAAAGAGCUAGAAGAUCUUUUGUACAAGGAAGAUGAUACUCGUAUUGACUUGAUAGUCCACUCUUUGAAAGACAUGCCUACUCUUCUUCCUGACGGCUUCGAAUUGGGUUGUAUCACUAAAAGAAUCGAUCCUACUGAUGCAUUGGUUAUGCCUAUUGGUUCUCCAUAUAAAAACUUAUCCGAAUUGCCAGAUGGUUCGGUUGUUGGUACUUCUUCUGUUAGAAGAUCCGCUCAAUUAAAAAGAAGAUUCCCAAACCUUAAGUUUGAAAGCAUCAGAGGUAACGUUCAGACCAGACUGACAAAGCUGGAUGAUCCGGAAACACCUUUCAAAUGUAUUGUCUUGGCCAGUGCAGGUUUGAUAAGAACUGGUCUCGAAUCUAGAAUUACUGAACGCUUUGAUUCUGAUACUAUGUGCUACGCUGUUGGACAAGGUGCUUUGGGUAUCGAGAUCAGGAAAGGAGAUGAAGAAAUGAAGAAAAUUUUAGAUGAAAUAUGUGAUAUUCCAACAACCAUUUGCUGUUUAGCUGAACGUUCGCUUCUAAGGACUUUGGAAGGAGGCUGUUCUGUUCCUAUUGGUGUUGUGUCCAACUUUGAUGAAUCCAAAAGAUUAUUGACUUUGAAGGGUAUUGUCAUUAACGUUGAAGGUACUGAAUGGAUAGAAGCUGAACAUAGCGUUACAAUCUCAGACGAAAGAGAAGAUAGUAUAAACUGCGGUAAGGCUUUAGCUGAACUACUUCUCGAAAAGGGCGCCCAAAAGAUUUUGGACUCGAUCAAUCUUGAUAAAAUCGCUUGA